CACAGCUACAUGCAAGUGGAAGGAGAGGAGUGUGGUGGAGCAUGUUCCGAGGUUAGUAUAGCAUUUAACUAAGGACAUUGAUGCCUCCAUGAAUAUGUUUUAAGUAAAUUAUCCUUUUCCACAUUGAAGUAAAACUAUGAGCGAGUUGGAAUUUUUUGGUCUCUCUUACAAUUAAUGCUCUGUAGCUAUUCAAAAAAAGUGUUCUAUUGCUCCUCCCAUAAUUCUGGAUCUAAAGCCACUCAACUGGUUAUGAAAACUGUGAAUAUCAACCCCUAAUUUGUGGCACGUAAAAAGGGCUUAGGCCAUUGCAUAUUAAUUGUCAUUGUCCAUGUAAGUUCUUGCUUGGUCAAAACACCUACUCUUCUAUUAGCUUGGAGAUAUAUGCUGCCUGGAUGUCUCUACAUGUUUGAAUUUAUUUAGCUUAAUGGAUAAUUUAGUUUUAUUUUCAACAGCAAAAAUGGGAUUCCGGAGGGGAAGGUCCCUUGACAAUCAGAAAGCUCCUGGAAAAUGUUGAAAGGCAAGAAUGGAAUAUCCCUGACAUCUUAAACCUGUGUAACUUCUAAUGUUUUUGGUUUUCCGCAGGGUUCUUGAGGAACCAGAUGUUGAUCAACUAAACCUGAAUGACCUGGUGCAGUUGGAAGAACAACUUGAGGAUGCCCUUUCUCAAACAAGAUCUAAAAAGACCCAGAUGUCCAUGCAAUCCAUCGCAGAUCUCAGUGAAAUGGAAAAAACACUAAGGGAACAGAACAAACAUCUGCAGGACCAGCUAGAUGAAGCCAGAAAUACACCAAACCAAAGGAAUAAUGGUGUAACACUGGAAUUCAGGGACCUUGCAGAUGGCGAGAUGAUUCCAAGGCGGAAACGACAGCAGGAGGCUCUUAAACUACUUUGAAGAGUCUAUACGCCAAUUGGAGCUUUUCCCACCAUUUCAAGGCACAAAAAAAGAAAAGGAAUGACUGUUUAAGCAUUCUGGCUCAUGGAAAAAUUCAUAACUUGAUGCUUGAUAAGCCCUAUGGCUUGGUACUGUGUCAGCACUAUAAGUAUUCGUGGAUCCUGUCCAAAAUGGAAAUCAAGUUGUUCUUGGUUUCUCUUUGUUGUUGUUGACUAUGUACAAAUGCUAGAGGAAAUGUGAGUGGCUGACCCUUUACAUUUCCUUUUUCAUUGUUAAUAACCCCCAAGGAUAGAUGGGUGAAGGAGAGGCCAGGCAGAAACAGAACAGCAGAGGAGAGGUCUUGUCAGGCCCAAGGAUUAAUUCUUAAGAGUUCUGAGGUAGGUAACCAUGUUUGAGUCUCCAUUGAUAACACCGUAUAGGUAGCAUGAUAAGGUUCAAGCGCACAAUGUCAGCCAUCUUUGGCAAUGGUAACAAUGUCUACAUCAUGUGUAAGACGGAAUUCGCGCCGGACCCUGUUUAAGGAAAGAGAACCCUACCGCUCGACGACACUACAUCUAUUAUGCCAUUACCUCUUCUACAAACUUUGGAGUUCAUACCUGACCUAAAAAGUCACUAAUACCUUCAUUUUCAUUCAGAUACAUGAGCCUCAAAAAGAGACGUAAAACGGGACAGAAGGUUUUCAUUCAGAAUGCAGAAUAAGUUAUAGUAUGUGGUAGAAAAUACCAUUUCGAAAAACUCAUUGUAAAUGUAAAAAGGUUUUCAUGGGCUUGUUUGUUUCGUUUUUUUAGUGUGUAUUUUUAGGUGUUUUUUCUAUUAGGAACAUAAAAAGGUGUAUUGAAAUGUAAAAAAGUAUACUGGAAUGGGACAGUUAUUAAUAUUAAAUUCUG